AUGGCGCCCGCAGAAAUCAACCUCAUCCAAACACAGCGAUGGCUCGCCCAGCUACACACAACCAACCUACCACCAGUGUCCGCCCCCAGCAGCAACAGUAGUAGCAGCAGCUCCUCGUCAUCCUCGUCGACACACAGCCGCGGCAGCGUCGACUACACCUCCAGCGCAUCCUCUGGUCCCGUCUGCUCUUCUGGCGGCGGCGGCACUUGCACCUCGUCCCCUACCACGACGACGACGACGAUGGCAUCAUCGAGCCCGCUGACGGAGGCGCGUGCCCAGAGCCUGCAGCGGCUGUGCGCGCUGAGCGAUGCGCACAAGGCGGCGGCGGAAGAAGAGGAGGAAGGAGAGGAGGCGGCGGAGCAGACGGCGACUGCGCUCAGCGGCAAUGAGCGGUUCGCGAUGAGCAUCAACUAUGUCAGGGUGACGGGCGGCAGCGGAGCGCAAGGACCGAAGAUGGAUGCGCAGUCGACGAGAUGGUCGAGGUGGGCGAGGCGGUCGAGAGAGAUGCGGCGCCAAGGUUUUCGCUAUCGAAGCUGA